GGUGGGAGGCCUCGCGCGGAGAGCGAGCGCUCGGAGGCAAGGCGGCGGGGGAGGAAGCCUGGAGUCAAGAUGGAGGGUGUGGACUGCUCCAUGGCUCUGGCCGACGCUGCCGCUGGCUCCCCGCGGGACCUGAGCCUGGUGCCCGAGCGACUUCAGAGGCGCGAACAGGAGAGGCAGAUAGAGGUGGAGAGACGCAAGCAGAAGCGGCAGGACCAGGAGGUGGAGGAGGAGAAGAGCGGCUUCUUCGCCGCCGCCUUCGCCCGGGAGCGCGCAGCGGUCGAGGAGCUGCUGCGGGGCGAGGCGUCGGCGGAGCGGCUGGAAGAGGCGGCCAACCGGCUCCAGGGCCUGCGGAAGCUCCUGAACGACUCGGUGCUCUUCCUCGCCGCCUACGACCUGCGGCAGGGCCAGGCGGCGUUGGCGCAGCUGCAGGCUGUCCUAACGGAACGUCGCCAGGAGUUGCAGCCCAAGAAGCGCUUCGCCUUCAAGGCACGGAAGAAGGAUGCUGCGGGGACCGCCCAGGUAGACGCCGCACCCGUCGCCUCGGCGGCCCCUUCUCCACCGGUGACCAAGGAGGAGGAGGGAGCUCCCGGGGCCAGCUGGGCCUGUGGCUUCUCCAACCUGGAGUCCCAAGACCUGGAGAAGAGAGCUGAAGAGCUGCACCAGCGCGACGUCCUUUUGAGCGACCUGACCAACUGCACUGUCAAACUGUGUGGCAAUCCCAACACCUUGCGGCUUGCGAAGGCCCGCGGCUGCAAGGUGCUCUGCGGCCCAGUGACCACCUCUGUGUUUCUGGAGGAUUGUCGAGAUUGCGUCCUGGCUGUGGCUUGCCAGCAGCUCCGUGUGCACACUACCAAAGACACGCGCGUCUUCUUGCAAGUGACCAGCAGGGCUAUCGUGGAGGACUGCAGCGGCAUCCAGUUUGCCCCUUACACCUGGAGCUACCCGGGGAUCGACAAGGACUUCCAGGACUCCGGUUUAGAUAGGAGCAAAAAUAACUGGGACCAGGUUGAUGAUUUCAACUGGCUGGCCCGAAACGUGGCCUCCCCAAACUGGAGUAUUCUUCCUGAAGAGGAGAGAGACAUCCAGUGGGAUUGAGCACUGGCCACACUCAGUGUGAUGUCCCAUUCGGUUUACCUGAUAUUGUCUUAUGUUUGCGGUGAUAGGGGUUAGAAAUUGUUGAAACUCCCCUCCUGUGAGUCCUAUUAAAUUCAUAGCAGUGUAACAGACUUUUGCUGGUUUGGCCUUCCCCUGCCUCCCUUUGAGUAUGACAGCGUGAAGAAUUAGGGGGAGAAUGGAGGAGCUUUGAGGGAUUUGCUGUUCUUACCGUUGAUCACAGGGAGUGAUAAAGUGGGUCUUCAAUAAAUAAUAAGGAUGUCCGGAGAAUUCCAUUAGCGGACGGUUUAAAUGGAAGAAGUAGGCCCAUAAAAGCUCCAUUAACGGCUGUUUUCCUCCCACUAAAGGUUUGUUCUGUGUCUUUUUCAGCAAGGCUAUGAAGACUCCUUCCUGAACCUCUGGAAUCCAGUGUUGUGUUAGGGCUGAAGUUUUGAAUGGCCUCCAAGAGGUGUAGGAGCCAGCUAGCUGUAAGACUGAAACGGUUAAAGUGGCCAGCUCCCCUCCCUCCGUCUUCCUUGUCGAGACAUGGGGUCACUAUACACCACUGGAACUCACAGAGAUGCCCCUGUCUCUACCUCUAAGCAUCUGCACCACACCCUGCUCAUGUUUCUUUUCCCUCAAGAGCUACAAGGCCAUUUCUAUUCUCACCAUGUUCAUGUGAGAAAACAGGUGGCAUCAGGUCACCGCUCAUGUGAUGUGCUGCUGGAAUUGGAAAGUAGGUGUGGACUCA